GCGUCUGGAUGGCGUGGUGUUUGACUGCGGCUGUGAUAUCCGCUGGAUCCAGCUGUGGCAACAGAGAGGAGAGGCCGUGCUCCACACACAGCAGCUGUACUGCAGGAACGGAGCCUCCAAGAUACCACUGCACAACAUGUACAUCCACAACUGUGACCUACCAGAGAUCAGCGUGAGCCACAGCAGUGUGUUGGUGAUGGAGGGCGACAAUGUGACGGUGAGCUGCAAUGGAUCUGGAUCGCCGCUGCCAGAGGUGGACUGGACUGUCAGUGGCCUGCACUCCAUCAACACACACCUGUCCAAUGUGUACUGGCCAAACAUCCACUCUAUCAACCUGACUCUUUUCAACAUCAGCCGAGAUGACAACAACUUCCAGCUGACCUGCAUUGCAGAGAAUGUGGUGGGGAUGACCAACUCCUCCAUCCAGCUCAACGUACAAUUCCCUCCAGUUAUCCUGAGACUGGCUGAGCCCGAGCAGCGCCACGAUACCUGCAUCGAGUUCACAGUUCGAGGCUACCCCCAUCCCAAGCUGCGUUGGUUCCACAAGCAAAGGGAGAUUCUCCAGAAUGAGUACAUCCGAACUGAGAUGGACUUCUACCAGGACUAUCUGGAGGGCUGCCUGACCUUUCAGAACCCAACGCAUAUCAACAAUGGCAACUACACUUUGGAGGCAAGCAACCCUCUGGGAACGGUCACCAAGACAGUGUACGGUCACUUCCUCAUGGCCCCGGGCAUCGAUGAUGAAGUGGAACUAGUUCCUUCGACGCCAUCAGAUGGUGAUUCAAGCCGACCAGAAGAAGAUACAUUUGGGGUUUCCAUCGCUGUGGGUUUGGCCGGCUUUGCUUGCGUCCUCCUCCUUGUCCUUUUUGUUCUCAUCAACAAAUACGGCCGGCGCUCCAAAUUCGGUAUGAAAG